GUUUUGACUGAAAAUGCCGUCGGUUUCGAAAACGGCGGCCAAUGCGUCUCCUCAAACCGAGAAACCUACCCACUAUACGUACUUGAAGGAGUUCAGGACAGAGCAGUGCCCGUUGUUCCUUCAGCACAAGUGUACGCAGCACAGACCCUUUACGUGCUUUCACUGGCAUUUCCUCAACCAGCGGCGGAGGCGACCCAUCAGGAGGCGAGACGGGACCUUUAACUACAGCCCGGACGUCUACUGCACCAAAUACGACGAGACCACAGGCAUCUGCCCCGAUGGAGACGACUGUCCUUAUUUACACCGGACCACUGGUGACACAGAGCGCAAGUACCAUCUACGCUAUUACAAGACGGGCACUUGUAUCCAUGAGACGGAUGCUCGAGGGCAUUGUGUGAAGAACGGCCUCCACUGUGCGUUUGCUCACGGGCCGCAUGACCUUCGACCUCCAGUCUAUGAUAUCAGAGAAAUUCAAGCACAAGAAGCUCUUCAGAAUGGUCAGCUCGGCUCUGGGGAAGGAAUCCCAGAUUUGCAGCCUGGUGUUUUAGCCAGCCAAGCUAUGAUUGAGAAAACUCUGACUGAAGACCCUCGGUGGCAAGAUACCAACUUUGUUUUAGCCAAUUAUAAAACAGACCAGUGUACUAAGCCCCCACGACUAUGCAGACAGGGUUAUGCCUGCCCACACUACCACAACAGUAGAGACCGAAGACGAAAUCCACGAAAGUUCAAAUAUAGGUCGACUCCUUGCCCGAAUGUGAAACACGGGGACGAAUGGGGCGAGCCGUCCAAGUGCGACAGUGGAGACAGUUGCCAGUAUUGUCACUCUCGCACUGAACAGCAGUUUCACCCAGAGAUCUACAAAUCUACCAAAUGCAAUGAUAUGAGGCAAACUGGAUACUGUCCACGAGGACCAUUUUGUGCAUUCGCACAUGUAGAAAGAAUUCCCUCCACAGAAGAGACCAUGGGUUCGUUGUUGACAGCGAUGCAGUCGAGCUCACAGUCCCAGCUGGGCUCUCAGCAGUAUUCAGAGUGUCCAGUCGGUGAGUGGAGCAGUGGAGGAAACUCCACCAUCAGCGCAACCAGUAGCAACGGACAAGUAGAAAGUGUUUCAUGUUCUAAUAGUUUAACUGUAACGCCAAGCUCAGGAAGCGACAGUUUAUCCCCAGUGGGAUCCAUCAGCAGGCGCAAAUGCUUCCGGUCUAUGUCACCUUCAACUAACAGUAGUUUAUGUUCAGAGUCCACCACAGUGUCCAGUGUCUCAUCUCUGACGUCUAACUAUCCUAAAGCUCCCGGCUUUGAACGUGAGGAUCAGAUUAAGAAUAAGCUGGAUCACAAAAUGAUGGACCAAGAAAAACAGACACAAAAUACUGUAUUCUCUGCGGUGAACCCUUUAGCGUCCAGCUUUACCUCCAGUAUAACGUCCAGCUUGGCCUCAAGUAUUGGCUCCGACAGCUCGUCACCCACCACCUUAUCAACGAUGAAUGCAAAAGCCACUCCUUUCUAUCCCGGGAGCAACACGGUGGAGUCUGUCAUAGGUUCUGCUCUGGACCUCAACUUCAGUGACAUUAAUGUGGCGUCUCUGGACAAGGAGUUCGAGGAGCAGGACCACAGUGUUGGGUUGACAAGUCACAGAGUUCUCGUCGGCUCAGCCCCCGUUAACAUUCCCGGCUCUCUGGCACGGUCGUCCUCUUUCAAUUCCUCGUCAUCGCUCUCCACCUCCCCGCUGAGCUCGCUCUCCCAGUCGCUGUCACAGUCCCUCCUGUCUGCGGCGGUAUCGCAGCAGAAUCAACCUUCAAAUAUGUUGGCCAAACAAGAGCACGGCCUCCUGGGAACGACCACCUCCUCUUCCCAGAACUCUUUAGGCUUAAAUGGAGGAGCCAGCAGCAUUUGGGACUUUGUUAGUGGCAGCUUUUCGCCGAGUCCAUCUCCAGUUUUCAGCAGCCUGACCUCCACAAGCAGCGGCGCUGAUCUGACGCGACUUUUUAGAGAGCUGGACGAGGCCAAGAGGAAGAUCAAGCAAUGGGAGGAGGCCUGGCAUCAGGUCAAACAGGCGUGUGAAGCAUGUCAGAAAGAAGCCCGCGAGGCGAAGGAGCAAGCGAAAACGGCCGAGGCGGAGCGGCAGCUGGCGGAGCAGAAAUGGGAGGAGACGGAGCGCAAGCUGAAAGAGCUCCAAGGAGACUUUGAAGUGCUCUGCCGCUCCCCGGGAACACCGCUCCUGCGCAGCUAUGGCGAGCUGGAGCAGCUCCCCUUGUCCAAGCUCCACUCCAUCCAGAGUCAGCUGCGUAAUGACCUAGACCUUAUAGACGGGGUAAUAUAUCAGCUUCAGUCAAAGAAAUGUAUAGUUUGCCAAAAGCAUGAUCGUUGCAUUGUUCUGCAGCCUUGCCAACAUUAUGUGUUCUGUGAGACGUGUGCACCUAGUAAAACAGAAUGUCCUUACUGUAGAACGAAAAUACUCAAGUGGUGAUGUAGAGAGUUUUCAGUGAAUUGAGGUACUAUUUAAAAUGAAUUAGCCCUUUGGUGAAACUACUUAUGUAUUACUAAGGUAUUACAGUACACUUUCUAAAUAGCAAUGUCUGUUUUCAUACAGUGAUUUAAUUCAUUUAGAAACAAAAUGAUGUUUGACUGACGAGAGCAUUGCAAACCGCGUCGUGUACGAGGGGAUUCAAUCAUCGCUGCUUUUGCUCAUUUUAUCUACACGACCAGAUCUCCGCAAAGAGCUGCGGAACCCAGAUUAGAAUAUGAAAUUUACCCUGUGGUGCCUAACCCUCAAUUAUGACUCAAGACAAUAAAGAACGAUUGAUUUACACUGUGAUGUAAAGACAUUGUACUGACAAGAAAUGCAAAUAUGCAUUGUCCUUUUGAUAAAUUGCUAUUUUUAUGAAAAACAAAAGUAAAA